AUGAAAACCAAAUUCCAAGGCAGCGCCGGGGUUAAGAGAGCUCAACUUCAGGCUUUAAGGAGAGAGUUUGAGGUGUUGAAGAUGAAGGAAGGAGAGACGAUUAACGACUACUUUGGCAGAGUCAUGAUCGUUUCUAAUUCCAUGAGAAAUUGUGGAGAACUGGUUGAAGAGGUGAAGAUUGUUGAGAAAAUACUUAGGACUCUAAUGGACAAGUUUAAUUAUGUGGUGUGUUCGAUAGAAGAGUCUAAGAAUCUGGAUGAAUUGACUGUUGAUGAGCUACAAAGCUCUUUACUGGUGCACGAACAGAAGUUGGUCAGGAAAACAGUUACAGAUGAUCAAGCUCUAAGGGUUCGAGUUGGGUAUGGUAGAGGAAGAAGCAGAGGCCGUGGUAAUUAUCAGGAAGAGGUAGAGGAUGCAGUAGUUCAAGAAGCAGGGAAAUAAUUGAGUGUUUCCAUUGCCAUAAAUUAAGUCAUUACAGGAACGAAUGCCCUGAG